ACGAGAGGGGCGUUUCCGUCAUUUGACCGUCGCCUCCUAGACUUCUCCCGAAGAAUAGGGUUCCGCCGCCGCCGCCGCCGCCGCCGCUCGCCGGAGUCCGGACCGAGAAGGGUUUCUCCCUCAUCGCCGGAGAGAGCGGCAUGAAGAGCUUCCCGGUUGCGGGAGGCCGCAGCGUCUCCCUCGCCCUCUUCUCCGAUGUCUCCAACAGCCGGGAGCUUCUCGAGCUGAUGCAGUCAGGGAAGCUGGAGCCAGAGGUCUCCUUUCUCAACGCGUCACUGGUGCCGGAUGCGUUCCCAGUUCUAGCUGCGGCUCACAAGGCGCUGCUGUCCCAGGGGAGGGAGUCGCUGACCACGCGAACUCUGCAUUCGGAGCUCGUUUAUAACUACUCCGGGUCUAAGCAUAUAACAGAGUCUUUAAAGCGAUGCGGAAUCUCAGACGACACAACUUAUAUCCUCGCAGCUCGUUUUGAUGCUUCGGAUGAGGAGAUAAAAAGUGUGGAGAAACUCAUCCAUGGAACUGAGAUUGAUCUAGCAGAAUUGGAAACAAGGGCAAACCAAUCACAGAUCCUGAAGCAUUAUAAAAUCACUCCUCAGGAACUAUCAAUUUCUACGCUGCCUGACGCAAUUGUGUGCAGGAUUGCUGCUCGAGAUGCCCUUAACACAAGAGGAGGAAAAGCAUAUGCUUUGCAAAGUUCCCAGCUUGGUUCCCCUUCCCUCCAAUAUUCUCCUCCCCUCGGAUGGAAUAUCCUCCAACUCCCCAACUCUACACUCCAAUCUCUUCUUCUUCUUCUUCUUCCUCCUCUCGCCUAUAUACGCCACCGCGCGAGCUCGUCCUCCUCUUCCUUGCUCCACCACGACACCGAAAGAUUGCUCUUUUGUUUCUUGUUUUUUCUUGAGGGGGGUUUGGCAAUGGCGAUUGGCGCCGAGAUCAAGGACGACCUGGAGGAGGCGCCGCCGCUGCUGCUGCUCGACGAGGCCGCGCGCCCGCGCCGCGUCGCGCUCUUCGUCGAGCCGUCGCCGUUCGCUUACAUCUCCGGGUACAAGAACCGGUUUCAGAACUUCAUCAAGCACUUGCGUGAAAUGGGGGAUGAGGUGAUUGUUGUGACCAACCAUGAGGGGGUUCCCCAAGAAUUCCAUGGCGCCAAGGUUAUUGGUUCAUGGAGCUUUCCAUGUCCAAUGUAUGGAAAAGUUCCUCUCUCGCUGGCACUCAGUCCUAGGAUUAUUUCGGAGGUUGCAAAGUUCAAGCCUGACAUUAUUCAUGCAUCCUCACCAGGAAUUAUGGUUUUUGGGGCACUUGCUAUUGCUAAACUGCUCGGUGUCCCUCUAGUGAUGUCCUACCACACUCAUGUCCCAGUAUACAUUCCAAGAUAUACAUUUAGCUGGCUUGUAGAGCCAAUGUGGCAAGUCAUAAGGUUCCUUCAUAGAGCUGCUGAUCUAACAUUGGUGCCAUCUGUUGCUAUCAGCAAAGACUUCGAAACUGCCCAUGUUAUAUCAGCUAACAGAAUACGCCUUUGGAAUAAAGGUGUAGAUUCAGCCAGUUUCCACCCCAAGUUCUGCAGCCACGAGAUGCGAGUUAGACUAAGUGACGGUGAACCUGAAAAGCCAUUGAUAAUCCAUGUAGGACGCUUUGGGCGCGAGAAAAACUUGGAUUUUCUGAAAACGGUAAUGGAUAGGCUGCCUGGAGUAAGAAUUGCAUUUGUUGGAGAUGGACCAUACAGGAGUGAGCUGGAGAAGAUGUUUGAAGGGAUGCCGGCAGUGUUCACUGGAAUGAUGCAAGGUGAAGAACUCUCACAGGCAUAUGCUAGUGGCGAUGUUUUCGUGAUGCCCUCUGAGUCUGAAACACUCGGCCAAGUAGUCCUGGAGUCCAUGUCAUCUGGUGUCCCAGUAGUUGCAGCUCGUGCUGGUGGAAUUCCUGACAUAAUUCCAGAAGAUCAGGAAGGGAAGACCAGCUUCCUGUUCACCCCAGGAGACCUCGAAGAUUGUGUUGGCAAGAUUCAGCUAUUGCUGGCAAACAAGGAAUUCAGAGACAACAUGGGGAUGACUGCUAGAGCUGAGAUGGAGCAAUGCGACUGGAGAGCAGCUUCCAAGAAGAUCCGCAAUGAGUUCUACAAUGCUGCAAUCUGGUACUGGCGGAAGAAGCGUGCAGAACUGAUCAAACCAUUGCAGUGGCUGGCGCAGAUGUUCCUACCAGCACCUGAGGCCAACAGAAUUACACAACACUGAAGCCUCAGGGGGAUGCUUCUGCACCCAUGUGAUCCAGACAUGUGAUGGAUGCAUUCCUUGUAAAUUUCCUGAUUAUAGUGCAGUGUCAAUAGGUGAGAUAGGUCUUGUUUUUGUAUGGAAUUGGAAUUGUGAAUGGUAUGGCAAAAGCAACUGAUUGCUUGUAUUGCUGUAGUGGAAAUGUGUUGCCUUGUUGGAACAUGAUGUGAACUGUAUUUGAUUAUAAUCCACGGCAUCAAUACAUCAAGAUGCUAUUGUGCACGCAA